AUGACCUUUACCUCUGCCAUGUGUCCUUCCGUUUUGCUGACUUGAAUUGAGUUUAUAUGAUAACAUACUGACAGUUGUGAAUUUAACUCGUAUUCUUUGAAAAAAUGGCUAUGGCAACAUCACAAUCAAGAAUAAACCUGGAUGAGCCUCGGUAUGACCAGAGCACUUUCACUGGUCGUGCAAAACAUUUUUUUAUUACAACGAAUCCAUUGAAUCUGUUUGUAUCUGGGGCUAAAUUGGAUCAAGCAAAGGAUAUUGUUGAGCGAUACAGGAAAGGUGAGGAGAUUCCCGGAGCAAGUGAAGAUGAUAUUUGGCGUGCCAAACAGCUGUAUGAUUCGGCUUUUCAUCCUGACACAAAGGAGAAAAUGUUCAUUCUGGGUCGAAUGUCAGCACAAGUCCCUAUGAAUAUGACCAUUACUGGCUGUAUGAUGACAUUCUACAAAACGACUCCAGCUGUUUUGUUCUGGCAGUGGUUUAACCAGUCUUUCAAUGCUAUAGUGAACUACACCAACCGAAGUGGACACUCACCUGUACCCAUGAAGGAUUUAGGUAUUUCCUAUGUACUUGCUACAGGUAGUGCCGUUACUACAGCACUGGCUCUCAACAACAUGGUUAAGAAAGCACCUCCACUAAUAGGCCGGUUUGUUCCUUUUGCUGCAGUAGCUGCCGCUAACUGUAUCAACAUCCCAUUUAUGAGGAGCAGAGAACUUCUGAAUGGCAUUCCGGUAUUUGACAAGAACAACAAUGAGCUCGGUGUGUCCAAACGGGCCGCUGUAUCCGCCAUCACACAAGUGGUCAUUUCCCGAAUCAUCAUGGCAACACCUGGCAUGUUGAUUCCUCCAUUUAUCAUGAACUAUCUCAAUAAGAAGCCAUUCCUGCAGAAAAGGCCUUGGAUGAAUGCUCCUAUACAAGUAAUGUUAAUAGGGGCUAUCUUAGUAUUCGCCACACCAUUAUGCUGUGCAUUGUUUCCACAAAAAAGCUCGUUAAGUGUUGAACAUUUGGAGCCUGAAUUAAAAGAGAAGUUGAAGUCACUACCUUGUGUUCCUGACAGAGUGUACUUCAACAAGGGUUUGUAAACGAGUCCACCACCAUAAACCAGUUGGUGACUGGAUGACUGACAUGCUUGAAUUUACACAGAUGAAGAGUUUAGAGUAUUGGGGGUGUUUUCAGCCUGUGGUCUUUCAUCUAUGUGGCCAUAAUGACCAAGAAAAUUGUAGUAAUGACCAUGCCCUCAAUUUUAAAAAAUUUGCUAAAGUCCUUAGAAAAGAUUAUAUCCAACCAUUGUUUGCUUAUUACAUAUACCGAUGGAAAGAAAUAAGGGAACACAUCAAAUUGUAGACUAAAUUUAAUUCACAACUAGCAUAGUAAUGUCUGUA